CACGGUUUGACGGGAAACAAAUAUGCCAGGAUAUGCAUAUUCGAAUCUUAGAUUUACUCCCCAAUACGAUAAUGACAGGAUAUAUGAAAUGGUGUGUUGUAAUUCUAUGACAUUUUAGAAACUAAUUUAUGACUCGAUUCGUGGUGAAAUUUUUCUAGUUGAAUUAGACUUCCGUUUGUAAAUUGAUGGGUUCAGAAUCCGACGGGGCGAUCCUGCUGGAUAUUGGCACAUCCCCAAAUGAGACUUGUUGUGGUACGCGAUUGAUGCCGUCGGCGUGUGAUGUGAAGGCUUUCAUUACGCCCCAAAACAAUGAAUUUACCAUACAUUAGAGUGGGAUGCCUGUGUGAGGAGCCAUGUCUGUUGUACAGCCAGGACUGGUGCCUGCCUUCACCGACGUUCAGGUUCUCGGCACAAUUGUUUCCUCCGCUCCUUCAGAUAAUACGCCCACUGUUAUUUCUAAGGAAGGGGAUAUCAACUCGGAGGAAGAAAAACGAGCAAUCUAUGGGCAUCCAUUGUUUCCUCUGAUGGCUUUGUUGUUUGAGAAGUGUGAGCAAGCUUCUCAGACGUCCGACUGUCCCAGUUCAGAUAGCUUUGAUGUUGAUAUUCAAGCAUUUGUUCACCACCAGGAAAAGGACCGUAAACCUUUCUUUAGCGAGGAUCCAGAACUCGAUGCUCUGAUGGUGAAGGCAAUACAGGUAUUAAGGAUCCAUCUUCUGGAGUUGGAGAAAGUUACUGAACUGUGUAAAGACUUCUGUAAUCGAUACAUAGCUUGCUUAAAAGGCAAACUACAGAGUGAACAGUUACUACGCAUUGACUCAGACUUUGAUGACCCUCCACCGGAGGAGUUGUCUCCCCCUAGCCAGGCCCCAGUGGCUAUGCAGCAAGUGAUGUCUUCCGGGGUUGUGAACUCUGCAAAUAAUUUAACAAUGAUACAACCUGGUAUGGCACAACCUGCCAUGGCCACCUUGAAUCAAGGUCAAAUAGUGUCAGGAGGGACAGUUUAUCAGAUGGUACAGACGCCGCAAGGACUGGUAGCACAGCCUAUACAGAUCCAUACAGCUCCUGUACAACCACAAAUCACUGCCACUCCGGUCAUCCAUGGCAGCACACCCCUAUCACAGAUAGGACUGGUCAGUUCGCCGGUCACUCAGGCACAGACAGUUUCUUCACAACAGUCAUCAAUGCAGUCAGCAUUACUAAGUGAUUCUGAUGGAGACGACAUUCUUGGAAAGAAGAAAAAUAAACGUGGAGUUUUACCAAAAUCAGCAACGCAAAUAAUGAAAUCCUGGCUUUUUCAACAUAUAGUGCAUCCGUACCCAACAGAGGAUGAAAAGCGACAGAUAGCAGCACAGACAAACCUGACCCUGCUACAAGUUAACAACUGGUUCAUUAAUGCAAGAAGAAGAAUCUUACAGCCUAUGUUGGAUGCCAGUAAUCCCGAACAAGGAAAGGCCAAAAAGCCAAAGACCCAACACCGGCCAGUUCAGCAAAGAUUCUGGCCAGACAGUAUCGCCAACAUCCAGCCUCAGUUCCCAGCUGGUGCUCCACAAACCAAAGAGGAGAUAACUUCAGAAAGUCAACUUCAACAAGUCUUUAACGAUUCCUUGACAAGUGAUAGUCUGGUGUUAAAUUCUAACAGUAAUCUCCAUGGCAACAGUGAAACUACACAAAACGAACAGGACUCACGAUCUUCCUUGAAAAUAGACAGUGAUGCUGAUGAUGAAAACUCAGAUGAUAAUCGAGAGGAAGAUGAUAAAUUAUUAGAAAGUGAUUCCUCUUCACUUGGGUAGUGUUCGUGGAUCAUCAUUGUGACAAGCUGUGAUUCUAUAUAUGGGUGAAGAAAUAUUUAGCUUUAGAUGUCGGUCAAUAUUUUUUCUUCAGAUUUGUUAAAAUGAUUAAAUUGGCUUUUCUUUAAAGCCACUAUGACUGGAUUUCAUGCUCAUUAAGUGUAGAUUUCUUCCUAUAACGUGAAGUAGGUUUAAGAUAUAAUGAUACACAAGUCUGUACCAUUAAAAACAUUUUAUUAAUGUAUGUUGAUGUCUUUUAAACAGUUUAUCUUGGUUGACAUUUGUUAAGAAUGUAACAGGGAUGCAAGUGAUGAGUCUGCACUGGUUUCUGUUUAUGAGCGGUAACAUGCAUGAUGUAGGACCUGCUGAAUGGUUGUUCUGGUUUCUAUUUAUGAGCGGUAACAUGCAUGAUGUAGGACCUGCUGAAUGGUUGUUCUGGUUUCUAUUUAUGAGCAGUAACAUGCAUGAUGUAGGACCUGCUGAAUGGUUGUUUGUACUGAUUUAGGUACAAAACGGAAUUGCAAAUACUUUAAAUUUUCAUAGCUGUGGGAAAAUCUUAAGUUAAUGAUGUAUUUUGAAAAAUAUUAUGCCUGGUAAUAUUUUCCCAUGGUGAUUUUGCAGUUAAAGUCAUUUUAACCCUUUCAACCCUAAGAAACGUUAGUGGACUCGGCCAUUCAUUCAUCAUUUGAAGUCCAAUAUGGUCAGUAGGGGUGAAAGGGUUAAACAAAAAUCAAAGAGACCUCAGAGACCUCUACCCAUCCAUCAAAUAUUGAAACAUAUAAUUAGCAUAAGGUAUUCUAGAAAAAUCAGGAUUUACCCUCAUCACCCAUCAAAUUUUAAUGCGAGUGCCUCUCACUCCUACCCAACAGAUAGUUCUGGGAAAAACCUUCGUUUGUCUCCAGUACAAUAUGUUCUUUGUUCCAUUAGCAAUACUGCAGAAAUUUCUAGGUUUUGGAAAUAUUUUUGUCAAAAAUGUUUUCACAUCAUAACUUUGUGAAUUAAAAAACAACUCACAACCAUAAAAAUAAUGAUGUCAAUCCUAUAUAUAAAGAACUUAAUAGUAAAAUUCACAAAUCAAGUGCUUAACACAGACAUAUAAAAGCCAAUUCAUUUUAUAAAUC